GCCUCGACGCCCAGAAGCUGCUUCUGCAAGGGAGAGAUGCCCAACGACGAGGCCUUCAGCAAGCCGUCCGCCUCGCCCGAGGCCCCGCACGCCCCCGGGGCGCCGCCGCAGGGCAAGAGCGGAGGCCUGAGCAAGGCGGGCGGGGCGCUGCUGGGGACCCCGGGCGGCGCUGGGGCCGCGGGGGGCAGCGGUGGCGGCGGCUCGGCCGUGGGGGCGUCGGGCCUGGGCGCGGCCACCAAGAAGUCCCCGCGGCUGCCCAAGUGCGCGCGCUGCCGCAACCACGGCUACGCGUCGCCGCUCAAGGGCCACAAGCGUUUCUGCAUGUGGCGGGACUGCCAGUGCAAGAAGUGCAACCUGAUAGCCGAGCGCCAGCGCGUCAUGGCCGCGCAGGUGGCCCUGAGAAGGCAGCAGGCCCAGGAGGAGGAGUUGGGAAUCAGUCACCCCAUCCCAUUGCCCAGUGCUGCUGAGCUGCUUGUCAAGAGAGAAAACAAUGGCAGCAACCCCUGCCUGAUGACGGAGAACCCCAGCAACUCCCAGCCAGCCAGCACCCCGACCACUGCAGCUUCAGAGGGACGUAUGGUGAUCCAGGACAUCCCGGCUGUCACCAGCAGAGGGCACAUGGAGAACACGCCUGACCUGGUCCCAGACUCCACCUACUAUAGCAGCUUCUACCAGCCGUCUCUGUUUCCCUACUACAACAAUCUCUACAACUACCCGCAGUACUCCAUGGCCUUGGCUGCUGACUCCUCCUCUGGGGAUGUGGGGAGUCCCCUUGGGGGGUCCCCCGUGAAGAACAGCCUUCGGAGCCUCCCAGCACCCUACGUGCCUGGUCAAGCAGGAAACCAGUGGCAGAUGAAGAACUCGGAGAACCGCCACACUGUGGGCUCCCAGUACAGAAUGCACUCCUACUACCCGCCUCCCUCUUACCUGGGCCAGAGCAUGUCCCAGAUCUUCACUUUUGAGGAGGGUCCCUCCUACACGGAAGCCAAGGCCACUGUCUUCUCGCCACCCAGCAGUCAGGAUUCCGGCUUGGUUUCCCUCUCCAGCAGCUCUCCGAUCAGUAACGAGAGUACAAAAGGAGUGCUCGAGUGUGAGUCUGCCUCAGAGCCUGCCAGCUUCACCGUCAGCCCAGUCAUUGAAGAGGAUGAGUGAGCCCGCCCGCCACUGGCCUCUCUGGCUGCUCACUUGGAAUAGCAGGUUUAUUCCUCUCACACAGGGUUUGUGGUUGAUAUUUUGCCUUGACUUCAGCCGACAUUAACUGUUGACAACAUUGUUUGGUUUAUAUAUGCAUUCCUUCGUGCUCAGCCCAGAAGCUAAAGCACAUUUGUGAUAGUUUAGGAUCCGUGAUUACCAACUUCAAGAAUUAAGUGCCUGGUUCACGGAGUUAAAUAGUAUCGUUCCCCACCUCCUUUUUAUGGCACUGGUUUACAUGUAGUUUUUCAAGAAAUAAAGUAACUCAUUCAAAGUGAAAAGUAAUACAUUUGCAUCAAAAUGAGCCCUAAUUAGAUACUACUUUUAGUUUGAAAAUGAAAUCUUAGGUGCCUCAAUUUUUUAAGAAAAAACUUAAUAAAACUGCCAAAAUAUAAAUUUAGCCACGUAUCUAACCAGUGAGAAGAGUGAUGUUAGUGAUUAUUUGAGAAACCUACAGACAGUCAGAGUACAUGGAGAUACUGUGUACUGACACUGCUGCUGAGAAAGCCUUCCUCCACCUCACUCCACUCCCUACCCUCAAAUACAAAACACUACUGUACUGUAGUCAGGAAGGGGAAAAAGGUUGUUAUUUUUUGUUUGUUUGUUUGUUUUUAAGAAUUGUCACUUUUUUUCUGUUAAGAGUAAUUUGAAAACAGUACAAUUUAAAGUAACCUCAGUAAAGCUGAAUUCCUGGAUGUUGUUUCUAGAAUAACAUAAGAAGAAGCAUACUCACUCUUUGUGCUACAGGGGGAAAAAUGGAUGCAAUCUAAACUCUUUUGUAACCUUAGGUUGUAAUUUGAUUUGAAAAUAAGUACAUCUUUUAAAGUUACUACGAAUCCUGAGUUCAUUAUUUUGUUAAAAAUUGCUUAUGGAGUACUUCCUUAUGUAACAGAAGCCGUCCUGAAAUGAAACUAGUGUAAAAAAAAUUCAUUGUUCUGCAUAGUUGCAGCUGUACCUGAAAUAAAAAUGUUAUUGAUGACUGAA